AUGGAAGGUCGCCAGAGCAGCAGGAGGACAAAGGUGCUGGUGCACUUGCCGAGCGGGCAGGUGGUGACUUCCUACGCGGCGCUGGAGUGCAUCCUGUUUGGGCUGGGGUGGGAGAGGUACUACGGCGGCGGCGGCGGCGGCGGAGAGCCGGAGCUCUUGCAGUUCCACAAAAGGUCGUCCAUCGACCUCAUCUCCCUGCCAAUGGAUUUCCAGAGGUUCAGCUCCGUCUACAUGUACGACAUCGUCGUCAAGAAUCCCAACCUCUUCCACGUCCGUGACAUCCAAUAA